UGUCGUUUGCAAUGACGUAUGCUGGGGAGAGGGUGGAGGGCGAUCACUGCCGUGGUUGGCGGCGGAGAAGGUCUUCCGAGCGACGCCAUCUCUCGUCCGUCUCCACCUCACUCGCAUUGUUGCACUAUCCUCGACUUCUUCCAUCAUUUCCCCUUCUUCCAUCAUUUCCGCCCUGCUACAUCGUUCCGCAGCCUCCAAGCGAGAUGACAUGAAUUGGGCGCGCAGCAAUAUCGGGACAGCGGAAUCGGGACGAGACCGUGGGGUGCUUGCGGGUAAAUGAUCUGUCAGCGACGGGAUGACAGAACAUGAUUCAGCAUCACCGCGCCGCACUCCCAUCCGCCUCGACCUUCCCAUGCAACGUCGGUUCCUGGCCCAACACCCACGUCGAACAAUGCCUGAUUCCACGUGCACCAUCCCCCGCUCCGCUCUGUCAUCCUCCCCCUGCCUGGCACGGACUAGCGCUGUUGCCAAUUUUGGACACCGACAGACUUCACUCGGUACAUGUACCCACGCCAGUCUUCGCUCUCUAAACAAGGCUGUGACCGCCCGGCGCCGCUCGGCUUACGCCCUCCUCUCCCUCCACCGGUGAAACGGCGCGCUAGGGCCAACGCGUCGCGCCAGCCGCACUGCCUCGCACGUGUCGUGCAUCGUUCCCGCCCCUUCCGGCCCUGCCCUAUCCUACCGCUCAUCAGGCUGAGAUAAUUCCUCACCCGUAGCCUACUCUCUCCACAUCUAGCCUCGCGGUGCCCGAUAUAUUGGUGACUUCUUCACAUCCUGACAAAUGCCCUCCGUCUCUCCCGCUUAUUCACGCGCCAACGCAAUAUACCGCGCACGCCUGGUGUUACGUUACCGUGCUAUUGGCAUUUGGUACACGGACGUGCGCGCGACGGCAUCAUGCAUCCUACUGUGCUGCCUUGCCAUGCC